UUCUACAUCAGUAUCGCCAGCAACAAUGAAUCUUCUAAUUUUGGUUUCCUGUUUUAUAAUUGCUUUUUCAGCUGUGUCUAUAAAAGCAAAACCUGGGGUUCGCAUAAUUGGAGGAGAUGACGCACCUGCAGGACAUUUCCCUUUCGCUGCAGCAAUUCACGUACAAACUGAAACUAGUAAAUUUUUCUGCGGUGGAGCUGUAAUAGCCCAACAAUGGAUUCUCACUUCAGCACAUUGCGUUAAUGGUGCCAUCCUUUUCACUAUUCAAAUAGGGUCAAACACUCUUACAACCACAGAUCCUGAACGCGUAACUCUUUCUUCUUCUGAGUAUGUCGUACAUCCAAAUUUUGACCCAGAUAGAAUAGAAAAUGAUAUUGCCUUGAUUAAACUAAGAAUGCCUGUUACGUACACUUGGACUAUUCAGCCAAUUAAUUUGCCCCCAGUUAGUCUCUUGAACAAUACUGAAGUUACAAUUCUUGGUUGGGGUCAAACUAGUGAUUCUGACUCAUCACUUUCUGAACAUCUUAAAUUUGUUAAAGCAACAAUUUUGUCAAAUGCUGAAUGUCAGUUGAUCUAUGGAAGUCAAAUUUCUGACACUAUGGCUUGUGUUGAGGGUAAUUUUAACGAAGGAACUUGCACGGGAGAUAAUGGUACUCCAUUAGUUGAAUACGUGAGUCGCUCUUUCUGGAUUGUGGGAGUGGCGAGUUUUAUUAGUGGGAAUGGGUGCGAAAGUACUGAUCCUUCUGGAUACACCAGAAUUUUUCCUUAUUUGGACUGGAUAAGAAAUGUAACAGCAUCCUAACACUCACUUUAUUUUGUAAUACAUUUUUACUAAAUAUCUGAAUUAAAUUGGAAAAUAAAAACCAAAAAAUUAAGCAUAAAAAUGUCGCAAAUUCAAAAUAUAAUAGCUAUAGA